AUGACAGAAAAUACGGAAUCACCUCUCCCUAAACCAGAUCCAGCCUACUUUCUUGGCUCUAAUGAUAAUCCCGGCACCUUAAUUACCCCUAUACAAUUGAAAGAUGAUAAUUUUGAUGAAUGGGCACGCGCGAUUCGCAUGUCUUUGAACGCAAAACGGAAACUUGGAUUUUUGGAGGGUACAAUUCCCAAACCGACGACGCCGGAAAAGCUGGCGGAUUGGAGCACGGUUCAUUCGAUGUUGGUCUCGUGGCUCUUAAACACUAUUUCUCCGAAUAUUCGUAAUAGUGUUUCGUUUUAUGAAACGGCUCAUGAAUUAUGGGCUCAUCUGAAGGAACGUUAUUGUGUUUCUAAUGGCACCCGGAUUUGUCAACUCAAAUCUCAGAUUAGUGAUUGCAAGCAGCAAUCGACGGAGACUUUGGCAGAUUAUUUUGGACGAUUGACUCGUUUGUGGGACGCAUUAUCUUCCCAGGAGGUGGCGCCCACUUGUUCCAGGGGUGGCGCGAAUUGUGAAGUGGUUAGAUUUCUUGAGCAGCAGCGUUCUGAUGAUCGUUUGCAUAUAUUUUUGAUCGGGUUGGAUGAUUGUUAUGGCCCCCUGCGUUCGAAUCUACUCGCGCAAGCCCCAUUGCCCACAGUUGCUCGUGCGUAUCAAAUCGUGGCUCAAGAAGAGCGUUUGCGGGGCCCUCGUGCCUCAUCCGGAGCCUCACCAAGCGAGGCCUUGGCGUUUAAGGUGGAUAGUAGAUUGAAAUCUCGCAACCCCACGGAAUUUGUUACAUGUCCUCACUGCCAUCUAGAGGGACACGAUCUUGCCGGCUGCUUCGAAUUAAUCGGUUACCCCGAGUGGUGGGGGGACCGACCUCGUGGCCGGCGUGGGGGGGCGGUGAGCCGAGGCGGCAGGGGUGGUCGCGGCCGCGGUGGCAGAGGCGCGCCACCUGCUCGAGCCAACAAAACUGUGGCUGCCGGUGGUAGCCCUCACGACAAACCUAGUGGCAGCUCUUCUGUGCCACGCGACCCUGCGAGUGCCGGACUUGCAGGAAUCACAUCGGAUCAAUGGCAGAAUUUGCUGGAUUUGCUGAACUUGCCUAAACCGAAAGAUCGUCUGACGGGUGAGUGUUUAUGGAUUAUUGAUACGGGUGCUACACAUCAUGUGACAGGACAAUUUUCGCAGUUGUGUACGUCAAGAAAAAUUUCGGGAUGUCCAGUAGGGUUGCCAGAUGGUAGUUCUGCAAAUGCUACUCAUGAAGGAGAAGUGUUGGUUGAUUCUGACAACUGCAUUGUUCAGUUCACUAAAACAUUAUGUGUUUUACAGGACCGCAGGACGAGGACGCUGAUUGGAGCGGGUGAGCGGGAAGAUGGACUUUUCUUUUUCCGGGGUGUUCCUGAGGUGAAGAUAAAUGUUGUAGAUGGGCUGGCAUCUAUUGAUAUCUGGCAUAAGCGAUUGGGUCAUCCUUCGGAGAAAGUUUUGAGGCAUCUACCCUGUGUGAGUUCUUCAAGUAGUAGUAGUUGCAAUAAAGAUGGGUGCGAUGUUUGUUUUCGUGCUCAUCAACCUAGAACUUGUUUUCCUAAGAGUACUAGUAGAGCUAGUAGGAUGUUUGAACUAAUUCAUUGUGAUUUGUGGGGACCUUAUCGUACUAAAUCAACAUGUGGUGCUUCCUAUUUUUUGACAAUUGUUGAUGAUUUUUCCCGAUCUGUGUGGACAUAUUUAUUAUAUAAUAAAUUGGAGGUUGAAACUAUGUUUUUGCAUUUUGUGGCUUUGAUUGAUCGGCAAUUUGACCAGAAAAUAAAAUAUGUGCGCAGUGAUAAUGGCACUGAAUUUAAUUGCCUCAAACCUUACUUUAUGCAACAAGGCAUUAUUUUUGAAACUUCCUGUGUCAAAACCCCACAACAGAAUGGUCGAGUGGAGAGAAAACAUGGUCAUAUUUUAAAUGUUGCACGGGCUUUGAGGUUCCAGGCUAAUCUUCCUUUGAAAUUUUGGGGGAUUGUGUGCAGGCAGCUUGUCAUUUGA